CGGCGGUGAGAGGGGGCGGCUAUGGCGUGGGGCUGCACGCUGUGCCUGGCGCUGGCGGGAGGCGCCCUCCUGGCGCUGCUGGCCCAGCUGCUGCGCUGGGUGCGGGCCGACGGCGACCUCACGCUGCUGUGGGCCGAGUGGCGGGGGAAGAAGCCAGAAGAUGAACUGCGUGGCAAGGUUGUCUGGGUGACAGGAGCUUCAAGUGGAAUUGGAGAAGAAUUGGCUUACCAGCUGUCAAAGAUAGGAGCCUUGCUUGCCAUCUCAGCAAGAAGAGAGGAUGAACUGGAAAGAGUGAAAAAGAAAUGCCUUCAGAUUAGCAACUUGAGUGAAAAAGAUAUCCUUGUUCUGCGUCUUGACUUGACUGAUAGAAGCUCUCAUGAAGCUGCAACCAACAGUGUUCUUAAACAUUUUGGCAAGAUUGAUGUUUUGGUCAACAAUGGUGGACGCUCCCAACGCUCGCUGUUCGUGGAUACAAACCUGGAUGUCUACAGUGCCAUAAUGGAACUCAACUACCUGGGUACAAUCUCUUUAACAAAACAUGUCCUGAAUCACAUGAUCCAAAGGAAAAAAGGCAAGAUCGUUACUGUAAGCAGUGUGAUGGGUAUCAUGGGAGCUCCUCUUGCCUCUGGCUACUGUGCCAGUAAGCAUGCUCUGCAGGGUUUUUUUAAUUCUCUUCGGACUGAACUGACUGACUACCCUGGGAUAAGUAUUAUCAACAUAUGUCCAGGACCUGUGCAGUCUCAGAUCAUACAAAACGUCUUUACGGAGAAUCUGGCAAAGUCCAUAGAGAACAGCGGUGACCAGUCCCACAAGAUGCCAACCGACCGCUGUGUCCGGCUCACCCUGGUGAGCACAGCCAACGACCUGAAGGAAGCCUGGAUCAGUGACCACCCCUACCUGGCUGUUUGCUACCUCUGGCAGUACGCGCCCACCUGGGCUUGGUGGCUGAUGAACAGAAUGGGCAAGAGGAGGAUACAGAACUUCAAGAGCGGAGUGGACGCUGAUGCCUCUUACUCAAGAAAGAAGAAGUAAAGACAAACGUGUACAAAAUCCUGCUUGUGCUAAGACUGAGAAUUUUUUUUCAUAUUACGUGACUGCAAGCAAAAGCUUUUUUUAUCUGUUGUGCCUUUGUCGUCAUGUAACUCGACAAAUCUAUCAAGCUGUAUACACAUUUGACUAAAUAAAAAUCUCUUUUAAGCAAA